AUGACAGUUGGCAUCUUUGCUGUCAUCUAUCAGUUCGGAAUUCUCUACAAGCUGUUCUGCAUUGCGCUGUACCUGUGUGUUGGUGUACUUGGGUUUAUCCUGGGUUUUGUUGUGGUGGCUUGCAAAGGGAGGAAGAGGAGACCUUCCCAAAUGCCUGGCGACGCAUCAGUUGCCAAUGCAUUGCUGUGUAAAAUGGCAGAGUAUUUGGAGCAAGAUUCCCUCAGCAAACCAAGGAGAACGGUUAUAUCAAAGAAUAUGGAUGAAGCUAUAAAGGAAGUAUUUGAUUUGAUAGUCCAGCAUUACAUUCUGAUCUGGUACAGUGACCUCAGUCUGGAUUCCAGUUCUUUCAUAGCAGUAUUAGAAGAUGACAUGUGGGAAUCAAUAGAAAGAUUAAUGCAUCGGUUUGCCAAAGUAGACCUGGUCAGGUUCAUUACAAAAGAUACUGUUACUAAAUUACACAGUCAUUUCCAAGACUUGAAGCAAUCAGCAUCAAGAAAUCCUGAUGACAUCACGUCACCGUUCUACCUCCACCCAUGCCUGAAUAGUGAAGAUGCUGAGUUAGAGUUUUUACGCAAAGCAGCAGAUGUCCUUAUAUGGACUAUGACGCCUAAGAGGAUCGGAAAAUGUGCCACGGCCAGACACCUUAUAAGGGAAAUAAUAGCCUGCCAAGUAAUGAAACCAUGUGUUGACAUGAUCUGUGACCCGGACUACAUCAAUCUGACCAUACUGAGUCAUUUGGAGUACAGAGAACAGUUGGCUGAAAAACAUAAGAGAACAUAUGCAUACGCUGCAAGUUAUGAAGAUUUUAUUAAAUUGAUUAAUGCCUGCCAUGAUAUUGAAGAACUCAAACAAAUCAGAUAUCAAAUUAUGACAGAAAUUAUGCAGGCUACUACAAUACAGAAUCUGAAGAAAGAAAGAGGAAUUGAAACUGAAGCAUCACCAAAAGGUCAGAGGAAAGGUGACUUAUUAAAGGCUAGAAACCUUAAAAGAUAUAUUAACCAGUGUACUGUUUCCAAGUCUCAGUGUGAGAAGCGAAUUCGUCUGCUUGGUGGACCUGAAUAUCAGUUAUAUGGCCAGGACUCACCAACCCAUGAUACAAGCACUGAGUCUAAACAGAGACAGGUACUGACAUUCUCUGAGAUUAUGGACAACCCACAUGCCAGGAAAUACUUUAUGGCAUUUUUAAAAAGAGAAAAGAGGAACAAUCUACUUGGUUUUUGGAUUGCAGUUGAGAAUCUGAAGUUUUUAAACAAGAAAGAUCUUGCUCACCAUGCUAGUGAGGCCUACCAAAGUUAUGUUGCCAUACCAAAACAGGUCAAACUUGAAAGGUCACAUGUCAAAGGAAUGGAAGCUUUUCUUGUAGGAAACAAGGGUCCGGAGUCGUUCUUUGACGCUCACAAGGACAUCUACAACUUAUUAGAUGAAGAGUUCUACCCAUCUUUUAUUGUCAGUGACUUUUAUCUCCAGUACAUGGGAAGUUUUGAAGAGUCAGAAGAUGUUACCAUGGAUACCACAUCAGACUAUUCUGAUAGAGGGGGUAGUUUACAGGAGGAAGAUUUUUCUGUGGAUGAAACUGACAGUAAUGAGAGCAGCAGCAUAGCGGAGCAGACAAACUAUGCUGUCAGUACACUGCAGAUGUUGGAUGAGAGACUAGCCAAUAAAAUACAUACAUGGCACAGUAUCAAAAACUCACAGAGACCUGAUUCUAAGAUUUUACUGAAAUUGGAACGUGACAUAGAGGCUAUGAGAUUAGAACGACGUCAGUUGGAGUCGCACAUUGACCGUACCGAUAUGUGGUGUGAAUUUAUGGGACAGUGGCAGGUUAACAUCUGUAACGCAGAGGUGAUACAAGAACAGGAUAAAGUUGUCCCUUAUUACGUUAUUGUUGUACACCUGAAUGAAACCACAACACAGGAAGUCUACCAAUCUACCACUGGAUGGGUUGUGUCCCAUCAACUCAAGGACUUUUAUAACCUGCAUGAAAGACUUAAAGAGUGUUGUAGUUGGUUACAUCGCAUAGAACUACCUCAAGUCAGUAAAAGUCCAUUCAAAUCAUCAAUUGACAAAGAAUUUCUGGAGAAAUCCAAGAAACAGUUGUCAGAUUACCUCAUAUCGGUUCUUGCUGAUGAAAGUCUGCGUUAUAGUGAAGCAUUGUAUUCAUUUCUGAUACCAAGUCCUAGCACAGAAACAGUCAAAAAGACACCAAGUAAAGAGGAGAGAAAACCUGCCUUCUCCUUGGCAACUAUAUUCAAGAAUCUCCCCGGUGAUUUCUUCUCCCAGCAAGAUAGUGAAGAUAAAGAGGAGGAGGAGGGUGAUGAAGAAAGUGCUCCAGAUAGACGUGAUUCUAUAGCGGAGCCUCUGUACGCUCUGAUUGGUGAAAUCUUUGAACUGAAAGGUGUCUUUAAGUGGUUGAGAAAAACUUUAAUAGUAUUUGUGCAAGUAACAUUUGGAGGUACAAUAAACAAACAAAUUCGUGAGGGUGUCGACUGGGUCGUGUCUGAACCAAUGUUGAUCUACUACAUUAAUUAUUUCCGUGAUGCCAUGUGGCCAAAUGGAGAACCAGCUCUGCCAUUAUCUGUCAGAAGUGAGGAUGACAAGAUAACAACGAAGUUAAAAGCCAGACUGAAAUUACUAAAAAAUAUACCAGAUGCUAUGCAGAAUCUGCUCGGUAAGAGAAAUAGUAAAUUGGGAGCUAUAAAGAUUUUUAAUGCAUUUCAAGAUGUGAGAACAAACAAACAUCUAUUUUAUGUGUUAUUCGAGUUGGUACUCUUGGAAGUGUGCCCGGAACUGAAAGAUCCCAAACUGCUGAAAAAGGUACAAGAGGACCAGAGACAGACACGACAACAACAUAAAACAAAAAUGACCAUGGCAAUGGCAAUGUAGUCACUGAUGACACCUCUGUAUGUGUGGAAAUAGAACUAGAAAAAAAUUCCCCAUGUCAAAAGAGUCUUACUCCAAGAAUGUGUCUGAAUAAAAAGGUUCUCUCAUUUCAGUUCGCUCUUAUGUAUAUGAAUAUAGUUUUAUAAUCGAGAAUAUAUCUUCAAAUGUGAGAAAUGUAGAGUUUAGCCAAAAAGCAAACAGAAUUGCCCAUGCAGAAUUUGCUGGCAGAAAUGUGGUCACGAAAUGUGAAACUAUUG